UUAUAAACAGCCUCCCCGCCCCCUGCUUGUGCGCACUCCCUCGGAGCGCGCAGCACCGCGAUCCGAUGCCUGCUGUGUCCUCCGGACACAGUGGAACACAGAUCAUCGUACGGGACCUCAUGCAGGUCACAUCAUUGCUUACUACGUGUGAAAUCUGUGAAUGAUCACAGAGGUCACAAGGCUAUUCACAACAGCCUUGUAUCAUGUGACAAGCUGUGACCAAUCACAGCUCACACAGUA